UAGGCAAAGGGUCUACACCUCAAACGAAAAGCGCGGAAAAGCAAAAAUUCGUUCGAAUAGGCUACGGCUGAAACACACGUUAUUGGAAUGAUCAAAUCUAUAGCAAUUCUUCUACUUUUACACCUGGCCGUGGUGCUAUGUGGACAAGGCAAUCCCUGCUGCUCACAACCAUGUCAAAACCGGGGUGUGUGCACGGCGUUACGCGGCGAUGAGUACGAAUGCGACUGCACAGGCACAGGUUUCUACGGCCACAACUGCACUACUCCCCAAUUCUUCACCUGGCUGAAGGUGACACUUAAGCCAGCGCCAAACACGGUCCAUUACAUCCUCACCCAUUUCAAAGGAAUGUGGAAUAUCAUCAACAAAAUCAGUUUCUUGCGGGAUGGCAUCAUGCGUUACGUCCUUACUUCUCGGUCACAUCUGAUCGAAAGCCCCCCCACGUACAACUCAGACUACGACUACAAAAACUGGGAGGCAUAUUCCAACCUUACCUACUACACGCGCACCCUCCCUCCCGUUCCACUGGAUUGCCCAACACCUAUGGGAGUCGCAGGCAAGAAGGAGCUUCCUGACAUCAAGCUCCUGGCUGAGAAGUUGCUGCUGAGGAGAAACUUCAUCCCCGACCCCCAGCACACCAGCCUCAUGUUCGCCUUCUUCGCCCAGCACUUCACACACCAGUUCUUCAAGAGCGACAUGAAGAAGGGGCCCGCCUUCACCCGCGCCCUCAACCAUGGGGUGGACCUGGGACAUGUCUAUGGGGAGGACCUACAGAGGCAGCACAAGCUCAGAUUGUUCCAGGGCGGCAAGCUGAAGUACCAGGUGGUGGAUGGCGAGGUGUACCCUCCGCUGGCCAGCGAUGUGGGCGUGGAGAUGAUGUACCCGCCGCACAUGCCCGAGUCUCAGCGCUUCGCCGUGGGCCACGAGGCGUUCGGCCUGGUGCCCGGCCUCCUUAUGUACGCCACCAUCUGGCUGCGCGAGCACAACCGCGUCUGUGACGUGCUGUACGAGGAGCAUCCGGAUUGGGACGAUGAGAGACUCUUCCAGACCUCGCGCCUCAUCCUCAUCGGCGAGACCAUCAAGAUCGUGAUCGAGGACUACGUGCAGCACCUGAGCGGCUACAACUUCAAGCUGAAGUUCGACCCCACGCUGCUCUUCAACGCCCAGUUCCAGUACCAGAACCGCAUUGCCUCAGAGUUCAACACGCUCUACCACUGGCACCCGCUUAUGCCCGACGCCUUCCACAUCGACCAGGAGGUCUACUCCUACAAGCAGUUCGUCUACAACACCUCCAUCCUCACCGACCAUGGCAUCAACGGCCUGGUGCAGUCCUUCUCCUCUCAGAUCGCCGGCAGGGUUGCUGGAGGGCGUAAUGUGCCACCUGCUAUUCUGAUGGUGGCCAUGAAGUCCAUUGAGAACAGCCGCAAGAUGCGCUACCAGUCCCUCAACGCCUACAGGAAACGAUUCAACAUGAAGCCCUACACGUCCUUCGAGGACCUCACUGGCGAGACGGAGAUGGCAGCGGAGCUAAGAGAGAUGUACGGCGACGUGGACGCUGUGGAGCUGUACCCCGGCCUGCUGAUCGAGAAGCCGCGGCACAAUGCUAUCUUUGGGGAGACCAUGGUGGAGAUGGGCGCCCCUUACUCGCUGAAGGGCCUUCUGGGUAACCCCAUCUGCUCGCCCGAGUACUGGAAGCCCAGCACCUUCGGCGGACAAGUGGGCUUCCAGAUCGUCAACACUGCUUCUCUGCAGCGGCUGGUGUGUAAUAACGUCAAAGGACCCUGCCCGCUGGCGUCCUUCCACGUGCCCGACGUAAAAGACCCAAGCUCUGCCACCAUCAACGCUAGCCGGGCGAACGUGGCGGCGAGUGGCAGCGACGUGAACCCGACAGUCGUUAUCAACAAGAGGACGUCAGAGCUCUGAUGGACCAGGCUGAAUAUUAUGUGAAACCUACUGGAAUUGUGUUAAUUUUGUUUUGUAUUUAUUGUCUAAUUUAUUUGUCUAUUUAUUUGUGUAUUUAUUUAACAUGUGCUUAAUAAUAUUUGCGUGCCGUGUGUGUGUGUGUGUGUGUGUGUGUGUGUGUGUGUGUGUGUGUGUGUGUGUGUGUGUGUGUGUGUGUGUGUGAGAGAGAGUGUGUGUGUGUGCGUGCGUACAAGAGAAAGAGAGUGCACAUGCUUGUUUGUUGCACACUAGUGUAAAGUCAGACUAGUGUAAAGUUUUAAAUAAAAAGGUAUUUAUUGUAUUUAAAUUUCUACGUUUUGUAUUGUGUAGUGUAGCACUGCAAUAUACUGUAUGUUGUUGCAGUUUCUCAAUUUUCUGUUAAUACUUACUUGAAUCGGAAUUGUUAGUUUACAUCACAAUCACAUUCCAACUGCAGUCCUUUCAUUCUAUUGCUUCUGGUAGUCAUUUGUAGAAAUGCUGUUGUGUUCAUCAUGUCAUUCAGUUUGUAUGUCUCUCGUCUGUCUCAUAUUCCAUUAUCUUCCUUGUAUUCUGUUCAUGCCUUACAGUCCUUGCCAGUCAUUCUUAAUAAAUUUUUCAGUUUUUAAAUGAGAAAUACCACUGGCUCCUGAGAGAGUUGUUUUGUACUUGAACUUUGUACGUAAAAAAAAGGAUUUUGUAAUUUAAUUUUUUAAUAAAAAAU